AAAAAGUCCAAACAUCUUAGAACACUCCCUUGGAUUUCAAACAGAUAGAACAGAGCAUAAAGAUAUCACAGCACAGCACAACUCUCUUUGAGCCUUAUCCUUUGUCCACCAUCAUCACCAUCAUCGCCAUCAUCACCAUGUAGAAGAGGUAAAACAACCUCUAUACUCUAACUCCAAACCCCACCAAAUGCAAGAAACUCAAAUCUUCUCCUCCAUUUCCAUCUCCAUUUCCAACACCAGAGCUACCACUUCUUCCAACCCCUCCAGACCCCAUCUCCCUCUCCCUCCUAACCAUGAUUUUCCCUCUCUUUCUCACCCCAGAAACCCCCGUUUUCCCUCCCUUUCCACCAAAACAAACACCACUCUUCCUCCUCCUUCAAAACCCACUUCCUCUUCUUCUUCCUCGUCUUCUGACUUCGAACAGAAAAUGCUUUAUCUCGACUCUAUCGGUAUCGACUUCCUCUCCCUAAUCGACGACCACCCACCUAUCCUUACCUUCCCUCUCUCCGACAUGAAAUCCACCGUCGAUUUCGUCGUCUCCACCGUGGGCUUCACCGCUCUCGAGUUCCGCCGCGUCGUCGGUAUGUGCCCGGAGGUUUUAUCCUCGCGGGUCUCCGACGUUGUUCCCGUGUUCACCUUCCUCACACGCGAGGCUCGCGUCAACGGCUCCGAUCUCAAACGGGUCAUCAACCGACGACCCAGAUUGCUCGCUUGCAGUGUCAAGAACCGGCUCCGUCCCACGCUCUACUUCCUCCAGAGCAUUGGCAUAGCCGAGGUGAACAAGCACACUGACUUGCUUUCUUGUUCCGCCGAGGAAAAGUUCUUACCCAGAAUCGAGUACCUCGAGAAGAUCGGGUUGUCGCACCGUGACGCGGUGUCCAUGGUUCGGAGGUUCCCCCAGCUGUUUUGUUACAGUAUUAAGGAGAAUUUCGAGCCCAAAUUUGAUUACUUUGUGGUGGAAAUGGGGAGAGAGUUGAGGGAGUUGAAGGAGUUUCCACAGUACUUCUCGUUCAGCUUGGAUAAGAGGAUUAAGCCUAGACACCAGAGUUGUGUAGAGAAAGGUGUGUGUUUUCCUUUGCCUAUACUGUUAAAGACAAGCAAUGCCAAAUUCAUAGAUAGGUUGGAAGUUUGUUGUAGCACUUCCUUGCCUUUUAAAUCAUCUCCUUUGUGGUGUACAGAUGGUGAUAUUCAUUCAAUAUAAAUUGGAAUUAAAACAAAAGAAGAAGAAAAAUGCAAAUUGUAUAAAAUGCUCUGAUUUUGAAAGUUUUAAUGGGUUUAGUUGCCUAGUGUGAAUACAUUGCUUGGCACUGCA